AUGGACGAACCGCUGUCGCCAAUGGAGACAUCAGAGCUGACAGCACUGGCCCCUGUCCAGGUUCAGCACAGAGCAGACAGGCUGAGCGGAGUAUUAGCUCAAUGUCUGCAGGGCACAACUCUCACAACUGCAACUGAAGAGCUGACAAGUUCUGCCGAUGAGCCCGGAGACAGCAGAAAGAAUCUGCAGGGCAAUCAAGCGCACUGCCAGCCCGGCCUCACUGCUCACAAAUCCAGAGGCUGA